UGAUCUUCCUCCCCUGUUCUCUCUCUCUCUCUCUCUCUCUCUCUCUGUCUCUCGCUCUGUCUGAUCGAGUUUUGCUACGACACACACGGUUCGAGUCCUGAAGGGCAGCGUUCUUUACCGUCCUUAAGGUCCGUCAGUGUUGUUAUUAAUUAUUAUUAUUAUUUAAGGGGACAGCUCAUUGCGUGGACCUCCUGCUGGAGAGGGGGGGGAUUAUAAAUUGAUGGGGGGUCCGGUUGCGUCAGGAGAAGAAACGAGCAAGAAAUGAGGGGAACUGUCCGACUUGUGGCCUUCUGGGGAUGAAGAGCAAACCGAGGAGGAGGCUGGAGAUGGAAGACUGGCGCUAAGGGCGGAGGCGAAAAGCGAGACGGACGUCAACGCGAGAGAAGGGUCGACGCCAACAACGAUGGUCGAGUCCACCGAUUCUUCAUCGACGGCUCCGAACGGCGGCGGCGGCGGCGGCGGCAGCUGCGUGAUCGGUGUUAACGGGACGAGUAGCCACGACGGUAGCUGCAACGGGGACAACGGGAAGCAGGCGUCCGAUGGGUUCGCUCCGCCGGUGCCGUCGAGCGGGAGCGGCUUCUUCGUCCUGCGCAAUCUGAGGGUCGUGCUGCUGUUCGCCGGGCUCGGGGUCUCGUGCUUGCUCGUCUACGGCUCGGUCAACCCUUUCGCUGCGUUCUUGCCCGCUUCGUCCUACCCUGUCGACGCCGUUCCCAAGGUGAAUGGCACGAUCAACAACUUGGACAGAAUCCUGGAGGAGGCGUCCAUGGAGGACAAGACGGUGAUAUUGAUGGCCCUGAAUGACGCGUGGGCCGAGCCGGGCUCCAUAUUCGACGUCUUCCUCAAGGGCUUCGAGAUCGGCAACGGGACGCACAAGCUCUUGGACCAUCUCGUGAUCAUCGCGCUCGACCACAAAGCCUAUGUCCGUUGCUUGAAGAUACAUCCACACUGCUACGCCCUCCUGACCCGAGGCACCGACUUCUCUGGGGAGGCAGACUUCAUGUCGCCUGACUAUCUGCAGAUGAUGUGGAGGAGGAUCGAUUUCCUGAGAGAGAUCCUUGAAAAGGGUUAUAGCUUCGUCUUCACGGACACGGAUAUUGUGUGGCUUCGCGAUCCGUUUCCGAGGUUCUAUGCUGAUGCGGAUUUCCAAAUCGCUUGCGAUCACUUCGGCGGGAACCCAUUCGAUAGAAACAAUGCGCCGAAUGGCGGGUUCACCUACGUGAAGUCGAACAACCGGACCAUCAAGUUUUACAAAUACUGGUACCGCUCCAGGGAACAGUAUCCCGGGAGCCAUGACCAGGACGUGCUGAACAGGAUCAAGAUGGACCCUUUCAUUGACGACAUUGGGCUCCGGAUGAAGUUCCUAGACACGGUGUACUUUGGGGGAUUCUGUGAGCCGAGCAGGGACUUGAAUUUGGUUUGCACGAUGCACGCCAACUGUUGCGUCGGCCUUGACAACAAGAUCCACGAUCUCGAGAUUCUGCUAGGCAAUUGGAGGAAAUAUAUGAAGUCGCUCCCUCACGCGAAACCGUCCCCGUCCUGGAGCAUUCCACACGACUGCAGCGGGUCCUUAGGCCGGCCGCAUCAACAUCACAAGCAGCAUAGUUAACACAGGGAAUCGCUCCAUUUUGGAUAAAAAGUUCAAGAACAACCGGUUGUGCUCGUAACGGCACAAAGCACGCAUUUCCCCGGACUCUCAAAAUCUGAGAAAAACCUGCACUUUUGCUGGUACUAGAAUGUGGUCUUCGCUGAUAGUUUAAAGCAAUUCGAUACAGGUGUUCCGUUCCCAGGUUGGGAGAGCACAAGGACAUCAAAUUCACCCUUUCAAUCCAUCUUAUUAACAGUUUCCCACCCCGACAUGAAACUGAACACAAACAGGUUAUUUUCCACAACUGACACAGGAGAGUAAACAAAAGCUGGUUUUUCAAAGCAACGGUAGAGCAGAUAUAAAAAGAUGUGUGCCUCGGGCAUUCAAGUCUAAUGAAGUUAAGGUCAAUGCCAAUGACUGACCUUAGAAGGUUGAACACUUCACUAUGGAUUUGUUAUGCGUAAAAUCAUCCAAGAUGAGGAUAAUACGCAGUCCAUGACCUUGUAAAGUGAAUCCGAUGAUGUUAUUACCAAGAAACAAGGCAGGGUCCCUUCAAUAUAAAAAAAGAAGCUAUCAAUAUAAACAACUACAAUAUGCCCAAAAAAGGGGGGAAAAGUGGCUUACAUGGAACCCCCAAAAAGUUAUCGGAUUCUCCUCCAUGAUACUUUCGAUAGCAGUUCCCCCUGAAGAUCAAGGAGUGCCUCAUCAGUCUUCUCCAAGAUCAUGAUCCGCCAGCACUCAACUCUUCGAGCAGAAACAAGAGAGAAGCAGAAAUAUGUCGCCCUCAAAGAUUUUCCACAGAAUAACCAUGUGAAGCUUAAAAUGUCAACUUGGUUGUAUUUCCAAAUCUCUAUAAAGAUGCCAUUUCUUGUAUCUUUGGUGGCCAGGCAAAACAGGUCUAAUUCGAGGAGCAGUCAUACAAGUUGAACAGCAACAUCCUCUGAAAUUGCUCACACAGUCUGGACAGCAU